AUGACCCAGGAGCAGUACAUCCUCGCGGCGCAGCCCAACUCCCUCCACCAGCGAGGGUCGUCGGUGUGCGGCGCCCAGGUGUACCCCGCCGUCGGGAUCUACGGCUGGAGGAAGAGAUGCUUGUACUUCUUCAUCCUCCUCCUCCUCGUCACGAUGAUUGUCAACCUGGCGCUGACCAUCUGGAUACUCAAAGUCAUGAAUUUCACUCCGGAUGGAAUGGGCAAACUGCGAGUGACCAAAGAAGGAGUGAGACUAGAAGGGGAGUCUGAAUUCCUAUUGCCUUUAUACGUCAAAGAGAUUCAAUCACGGGGGGACAGUCCAUUGAUCAUGCAGUCUGAUAGAAAUGUGACUAUCAAUGCGAGGAAUGGCGAGGGACAACUCACUGGUCAGCUUACCGUGGGCUCAGAAAUGGUGGAGGUCCAGUGUCAGAGGUUUGAGGUGAAGAGCGCGGACGGGGAUAGACUCCUUUUCUCCGCAGAUGAAGAGGAGGUCAGCAUCGGCACAGAAAGACUCAGAGUGACAGGUUCCGAAGGGGUGGUGUUUAGCCAUUCGGUACAGACGUCUCAUGUGAGGGCAGAACCUUCCCAGGAUCUGAAGCUCGAAUCUCCGACUCGGACGCUAACCCUCGAGGCCCCCCGGGGUGUUGAGCUGAAUGCCGGCGUUGGGGACUUCACCGCAUCUUGUCGGAAGGACCUCCUGCUACAGUCCUCGGAAGGAGAGAUCUUUCUAGAUGCAAAUAUCAUCCGUCUGGGCAACAUUCCACUUGGUAGCGCAGUGGACCCAUUGGAAGGAGCGGCAGCAGGUACCACCUACACCAAACAGACGGGGGUGUACGAACUCUGCGCCUGCGCCAACGGCAAGCUGUACCUAUCCCCGGCGGAGAAAAGCUCGACCUGCCAAACCACGAGUAACUUUUGCCUCUGGAGCUGAAAGUGGAGAGCUGAAGAAAAGAGACAGCACCUAUGGAUGAUUGGAGAAAAGCUAAUGCUAGCCAACCGACUGAAUCAAUACGGAUCAAAGCUGGGCUGAAUCGAUAUCGGAAGCCAGCGGACCAGAUCGCCAUGGACUACAGCAUGGCGACAAAUUCACAUUCUUUAAUGAGUCGAAUAAAAUGGAUAAAAAGCUUGGCAGGAUGUCAAAGCACCAGUCAGGAUGGAAUGUGAGUUUGUGUGGUCAACCAGUUUUCCAGUUAACAGAACAUCAAUCAGCAGGGAUGAGUUCUUGGACCUCCGGAAAUCGAGAAUCAACCACCAGUAAGAGGGAUUGACCGGCACCAGCGGUUAGUCAACCAGAUGGAUGAAUUUAGUGUCACGUUAAGGAAGUGAAUGGCCAGCAGAACUGUGACAGCUGUUAUGUGUUUCCCACGUACGGCGUUAGGGUCACUUGAAAGUGAGGCCAGUGUUCACUGAAUGACCAAGAAGCGCUGAAAAAAAAUGGGGACGACCGUAACCCUCACCGGCAGGGAGGCAGACAAGAACCCUGGUUUAACCUCAGCUGAGUACCCCUCCCUUUUGGGUCAGUCUAGUGGGAAGCUGAAGCCAGCUACUCGACCAAUCUAUACCGGAAAAGGCCUUCCCCGUCCCGCCCUGCUGGAAUUUCAAUCCAUAUUAUGUUAAGACCCCCCAUGGAGCAGUCACAGAACUGUGCCACAGGAUAACCAAUUGUGCUUUCAACGUUGCGUUCACCUUAUUUCCAUCUCAUUUGUCAACCAAAGUUAACUGCAAACCAUUUAACAUUCAGCAGCUUCAUCACUUUCCCCCUAUUUUUUAUUUAAAAGUGUACCUUCUUUUGUUGAGCAGAGACACACUUCUGUCGGUACGUCUGUCUGAUGGUUGUCUCUAAUUUGUACCAAUGGUUUUUAACAGAUAUUGUACAGCAUGGUUCACUAACUGGUCUGGUCUGAGUCAGGGACCAGACGCCGACCGAUAUGGAACCGGAGACGUAGUCAAGAAUUUAGAGUAGUACCCUAACUAAGCAAAUUGAAUUCCACGACUGAGCACAUAGCUCAAAAAACUCGUAUCUCAGAUCUAUUGAAAUGAACUGAAAUCAAUUUAACUUGUGAUCCCAAAACACCACAAUGUCAACAUCGCUUUUAAGAAGAAAAUUUUAGAUAAUAAAUGUUGAAAAAAAUACAAUAGCAUUAAGGUAAUAUUGUUCACUAUUUACCUUGGUGAGCAGAUAUUGUAGGUGUCCCCUAAGGCAGGGAUUCUUAACCUUUUUGAUCACAUUACCCAAAAUCACGCUACAGAUAUUAACACUGACCUACAUGAGGAAAUUCCCGAAGGAAUUGCAUGUGAAUGCUCCAAUGCUGAAGUUGAACUGAAAUCCUGGGAUUUUUUUAGAAUUGUUGAAAGGGAGCAAUUCCUGAACAGGCUGAAUAUUUUAAAGUUGGAAAAUUUUGAAUCAGAUAAAACAUGUGGGAGUUGUGGAAUUUUGAAGAAUGUUCCAUUCAUUUAAAUUGGAAUUUCCCCAAAAUUUGGGAAUUUUGGGAAAAGCAGGAUUUUUUUUAAAAAAUUGGUUAAAAAAAAACAAAAAAAACCUUGAAUGGUCUGAAUGAGUUGAAAUGGUUGGUGUUGGAAUUUUUGAAAUCGGUCGAGAAAUGUUGAAGUGAGAAAUGAUAUUACCGAACUCCUGGAAUAUGGAUAAGCGGAAGAUGAUGGAUGGAUGGAUGGAUGGAAUUUUUAUAGCUCAAAAAAACAACUUAGUUUUUUAUCCUAAUGUUUGGAUGUUGGAACAGUUGAAAUGCGUUGAAAAAUGUUGAAGGAGUAGACGCCAGAAAAAAGGAUGGAAAUAGGGGUUUUUGGAAAACCAGGAAUUCUGGAGAAUUUUGGAAUUCUUCAGACUUGGAAAUAAAGGUUGUUUGAAUUAUCAAGUUGGUGAAACAUGUUGAAGGUGGAAUGCUUUUAAUCGGUUGAAAAAUGUGGAAAUGGUGAAAGUUUUAAAAAAUGGCCAAUUCAUUUUGAAGGGGAAAAAGGUCCCGGAAAACGUAGAAUUCUGGAAAAUCGGGGAAUUUUUGGAAUCCGUCAAGGGAAAGCCUGUGAUUCCCGAAUUGGCUGAACAGUUUGAAGUUAGAACGGUUUGAAUCAGAUGAAAUAUGCGGAAGGUAGAACAUGCCAAAAUCUGGAGACGAAGAAUAAGAAAGAAAACCAUGUGUGCGAAUGUUUUGGAGCAUUCACACAAUUAGUCAUCUUACUCGUGAUUUUAAUCACAUUCAAUAAUGGUAAAUAGGUUAUACUUGUAUCGCGCUUUUCUACCUUCUAGGUACUCAUUCACCCAUUCACCCACACAUUCACCACGCUGAUGGCGGGAGCUGCCAUGCAAGGCCCUAACCACGACCCAUCAGGAGCAAGGGUGAGGUGUCUUGCUCAAAGACACAACAGACGUGACUAAGAUGGCGGAAGCCGGGGAUCGAACCAGGAACUCUCUACCAACCAAACCAUAAUUAUAUCUAACCUACUUACAGUUUACAACCUUGUCAAAUUAUUUGAAUGUUGUUUUUUUUUUAAAUGCAAAGAAUAUUAUUUGUUUAACAUAUAACCUUUGGCUUAGGUCAGACUGAUUAGAAAAAUAAGUUCUAACAAAACAUAUUCACGAAAAGAGACUCACAAUUACCUGACAAACGAUAUAAUUACAUAAAAUCAUGUAGUGCUAAAGUCCAUCCAUCCAUCCAUCUUCUUACACUUAUCCGAGGUCGGGUCUCGGUUGCAGCAGCCUAAGCAGGGAAGCCCAGACUUCCCUCUCCCCAGCCACUUCGUCCAGCUCCUCCCGGGGGAUCCCGUGGCGUUCCCAGGCCAGCCGGGAGACAUAGUCUUCCCAACGUGCCCUGGGUCUUCCCCGUGGCCUCCUACCGGUCGGACGUGCCCGAAACACCUCACUAGGGAGGCGUUCGGGUGGCAUCCUGACCAGAUGCCAAAACCACCUCAUCUGGCUCCUCUCGAUGUGGAGGAGCAGCGGCUUUAGGUUGAGCUUCUCCCGGAUGACAGAGCUUCUCCAAGGGAGAGACCCGACACCCGGCGGAGAAAACUCCUUUUGGCCACUUGUAACCGUGAUCUUGUCCUUUCGGUCAUGACCCAAAGCUCAUGACCAUAGGUGAGGAUGGGAACGUAGAUCGACCGGUAAAUUGCGAGCUUUGCCUUCCGGCUCAGCUCCUUCUUCACCACAACGUAUCGAUACAGCGUCCACAUUACUGAAGACUAGUGCUAAAGUUAAUACACUAAAAUAAUAAUGAAUAUUGUUCUUAGGUAAACUGUCAAUAAAUAUACAGCUUUACCACUUUGGUCAUAUUUUUUUGCGCUUAAGACAUUUUCUUUGACAUUAGCUCCAGACUCUUUCAGUUUGUUUAAGAUUGUCAUUACUGACACAAGUGGUGGAAAGGUGUAGUACCGCUUGCGCCCCAUAUGGACCACAGCUGGGAAACAUGUUUUUUGGCGGCCCUCCAGAGAGCACUCGCGGUCCAGCAAUGGUUAAGAAACACUGUCCUAAGGGUUGAUUCUCCAUUGUGUAUGAACAGGAAUUAAGAAAUUAAGUCUGAUGGCCCAAGGCCUUAGCUUGAGGAAAUGUUCUAUAUCAGGACCUAUUUGAGUUUUAGUUUUAGUUUAGUCUUUAUUUGAAGGGACAAUGCACAGAAACAUUAAGCUGUAAAACAGAUAUGUUCUGUACCAGAUUAUAGCUAAAUAGCUCAUUUCCAUCUGCAGUCCCUGGCCACCUAAAUUAAAGGGAUACAAAAAUCAUGCAAUAAAAGGACAAUAAAAUCAUAUCAUAUCACGUAAUCAAAUUAACAAAAGUCAUAAAAUGCCCUUUCAUGGACACAUACUUAAUAUACAAUACAACCACAUCUAAUUUACAUAAUCACACAAAGACAAUACAUGCUCUUGUUUAUGUCUGUCAUUAUUUUUAAAAACAACCAUGAUUUUAACAGACACACCUCACAAUUUACAACAAAUAUAGUUGUAAAUUGUGGCCACCUUAGUGACCGUGUGAGCAGCUUUGAUUGCUCCAAAGCCACUUUUUAACUUCAAAUGUAAAUGAACAAUAAUCUGUUAAACUUUUCAAGUCUGUUGUGAGGUCGUUCCAUUCCUUUAUGACUUUAUAUGAAAAGGCUGAUUGUGCAAAAAAUGUUUUACAUCUGGGUACGCUACAGUGCCCCCUGGUGGAGGCUUGUGUGUGUCUAGUUGUCACAGCAUAUGUAAACCGGACAAAGUGCUUAAGUGGCGCUGGUGCAGUGUUAUUUAGGGUGUGAUGGGCCAUUUAGUUUUAAUAUCCCCUGUGACCUUUUCAAGUGUUUCAAUAGACUCUGCUAUCCAUUUGGUACUUUCUGGCUUUCCGCUACAUCUCUUGAUAUCAUCAGGAUUGUUUGUACCAUUGUUUAUUUUCAUUGUCUUGUUACUUCAUUACCACACAACCCACUCUAUAUAAGGCUCGAAGGAGCACGUAAUUUCGCAAUGCAUUGUGGGGGCUGGUUAGCCAUUGUUAAUGGCCAAAGCUUGUGUUUACACAGCUGUACUCAUUGUGAGAGAGAGAGCAACAAUCUUGUUUAAAAUGGAUCAUACGGAAGAAAAAAAAAAAUCAAGGGACAGUACCAAGACAAAUAGGACCCUGUUCCAAAGGCUUGCCAACUUGAAAAAUAUAUACAAUUCGUGGAGUUGAUUCAUGUAAGCGCGUCCAAUAGAUGAAAUUUGAGCAAGCUGCUGUAUGAGUCGUGUAUCUCGAUCGCCAACGCAGUCAGUUUUUAUAAAGGCGAAACAUUUCUGAAGGCCGAGUUGGUAAAGGGUCAUUUAGCUUAGCUAUUUCUAUCUUCCUACGAAACAUAAUAAAGCAUGCUUUAAUUUAAACUUACCAGUGUGAAUAAGCUGUGAACACACCAACAUGUACUAAUUGAUAGCGAUUAAG